AUGAUGCACCUGGCUUUUCUCCUCCUGAUCAUCUUCACAGAUGGGUCGUCCUCUCAGAAGGUGUGCAGCUACCAGGAUGUAGUGGAGUACCUGAACUUCACCCGAGACAACAGCGUGUUCAAAAUGACCCGACCCGUUCUGGACCACAAACGCCCCACGGUGGUGCAGCUGGACAUCAUCCUCUUUGCCCUCCUGGCUGUAAUUGAGAAAACGCAAACCUUUAGUCCUUUUAUCUGGGUAAUCAUGAAGUGGAACAAUGAACGCAUCUCAUGGGACCCAGCUCAGUUUUGUGGAAUCACUCAGAUUUCGAUUCCUAAGGAAAUGCUCUGGAAACCAGACCUCUUCAUCUAUGAAAUGACGCAGAAGGAUGAAUCCCCUCAGAAUCCGUACAUGUACGUGUCCUACGACGGGACCGUCUCCUCUGAGGAGGAAAUGAAGGUGGUCAGCACUUGUGAAAUGGACGUCCACAAGUUCCCCUUCGACAUACAGAGAUGCAACAUCUCCAUCGGCUCCGCCGUGCACUGCGUUGAUGAGAUCCGUGUCUUUCCGUUCUCCAACUCGUCUCGGGCCACCCAGUUUUCCCGAGAGGUGAUAAGGACUCAGGGAGAGUGGGAGUUCCUCCAGCUGACCGUCACCAGUCAAAAUUUCACCACCGACGACAGACAGUGGGAAUACCUCAUAUACACUUGCACCAUGAAGAGGAGGCCACUCCUCCACGUCACCAACUUCUUGUUGCCCAUCCUGUUCUUCCUGAUUCUGGACCUCGCCUCCUUCUUCAUCGAGGACCGCCGGGGAGAGAAGCUGGGCUUCAAAGUCACCAUCCUGCUGGCCAUCUCCAUCCUGCUCCUCAUCCUCAAUGACAUCCUGCCCUCCAUGUCCAACAAGACUCCCCUCAUAGCCACCUACUGCAUCGUGAUUUUUGCUCUGAUGCUGCUCAGCCUGCUGGAGACGAUCUUGGUCACAUAUUUCAUGGAGAAGGACUGUGCCUCCAAGGAGACGCUCCGGCUUAGGGAGAACAAGCAGGAUACCUUCAUCACAGAGGAGAAAAGAGAAACCUGCUGCUUGAGUAGCUGCAAAGCGUCAGGUGGUGAGAAACACACUGAAUUGCUGCCGAUGGUUCAAGAGGUUAACAACAGCGUUCAGGCCCGAGAGAGUGACACGUUGCUGCUGAUCUCAGAGCAGCUGAAGGAGUUGCAGAACACUUUGAAUCUGCACCUCAUCUGGACACGGGACGGAGGGAAGUCCGACCUCUUGGCCACGAGAAUCAACAGAGCAUUUUUCCUUUUCUACAUCACCACCGUGUCACUGUUCCUCACCCUCAUCUUCAUCGCAUGGACCACUUAG